AUGUCUACCAUGCCUGCUACUCACGGUCAUAACGAGGCCUGUUGUAAUAUCCCGCCAGUUAUAACGUCGGGAUAUGUCCCCAAAGGCUCAUAUGAAGAGCUUGGAGGCCUGAAGACAUACGUCACUGGAUCCUCUGACGCAACCAAAGGUAUCGUCGCAGUGUUCGAUAUCUUUGGAUACGUCGACCAGACCGUUCAAGGAGUCGACAUUCUCGGAGCCAGCAACACUGGCACUUAUAAAGUGUUUAUGCCAGACUGGUUCAAGGGGAACUCAUGCCCAACUGAGUGGUACCCGCCGGACACUGAACAGAAACAGAAAGAUCUUGGUGCUUGGUUUGGGAAUAACACCCCCCAUGGUGUUGCUGAUGCACUACCAGGUUAUGUUGAGGCCCUGAAGGCAGCGAACCCUUCUAUUAAAUCUUGGGCCCUCAUCGGCUACUGCUGGGGAGGUAAAGUCACUGAACUUGUGACUUCUCGUGACUCUAACCCAUUUUCCAUUGCUGCGGGUAUUCACCCAGCCAUGGUAGACCCCGCGGGUGCCGACAAAAUCCGGGUGCCGUAUGCGCUUCUUGCAUCUCAAGAAGAGCCAGCCGAUACCAUCAAAGACUUUGAGAGCAGAUUGAACGUUUCACACCAUGUUGAGACCUUUGAUGAUCAGGUUCAUGGCUGGAUGGCCGCGCGUGCUAACCUCGCCAACCCUCGAUCCAAGGAAGAGUACAUUCGUGGCUACAAGACUAUUCUUCGUUUCUUUAACCAACACUGGUGA